AUGGAAGCUUGUCACCCUCCACAGCAAUUCAAUGUCACUGCAUAUGGGGCCAUGGCUUUGGCCAUCACCACCCUGGAGGCAUUUCCUGGCAUGUGGAUAAAUGCUUUCAUCGUUUGUGUGCUUUGCAUUGCCUGGGUCAAAAAGCAAACCCUGAACUCUAAUGAGAAGAUCUUGCUGCUGCUGGGAUGCUCCAGGUUUUGGUAUUUGUGCUUCUCAUGGGUAUAUUGCUCCCUUUCAAUAACUUCUCCCAAUUACCUUUUUGUUCAACCCACAUUUCAACUAAUUGUAUUUUUUCAAAGCUCUUUUAAUUGUUCCAACUUGUGGGUUUCUGCCUGCCUUUGUGUUUUUUAUUGUGUAAAAAUUGCCAAUUUCAGGAACAGCUUCUUCAUCUACCUGAAAGUAAAAACAGACAGGAUUGUGCCCUGGCUUUUGUUGGCAUCAUUGCUUUCAGCCUUGGCUAUUGGCAUUAUCGCCUAUGACAUCGCUGUUACACAGCUCAGUAUCAACCACAAUUCCACUGGGCAAGGAAAUUUUUCAAAAGUUAGAGGCAAAAUGGAUGAAAAUUUUUUCCAGAUUUAUUUUAUCUAUGGCUUUGGAUUUGUCACACCUUUCACAGCAGUUAUCUCUUCUGCCUUUCUCCUUCUCUUUUCUCUCUGGAGACACAAAUGCAAGAUGCAGAAAAACUCCAUGAACAGCCUCAGCAUUGAUGCCCACAUCAAAGCCAUGAAAUCUAUUCUCUCCUUUUUUAUAAUGUAUAGUAUUAACUUUAUAUUUUUGAUUCUGUCACUAAUUCCUUCAACAAAGAAAGAAAAGUAUGUGGCACUUGUUAGUUUAGUAUUUCUGUAUGCUUUUCCAGGUGUUCAUUCCCUUAUUCUGAUUUUCAGCAAUCCCAAACUGGAAAAGACACUGAUAAGGAUUCUAUCCUGUGUCAAGUGCACAAGGAUUGCAUGA